AGACCCAAAGAGUCCCGUAGGGAGCAGGAGGAGAAGAGAGGAGGGAGAGUGGGGAGAGAAGGGCGGGCGCUUUGACGCGUUGCUCCAGCUCUCCGCCCCCCCCCCCUCCCCUACAUCUGAGUUAAAAGCUCGGUUGGUCUCUUCGCCGUCGCCUCCUCUGCAGGACCAGCAGCGCGGCCGCCUCGGGCUGGGACCCGUUCCUGCUGCCCCCGUGCCCGCCGCCCGCUGCCCGCUGCCCGCUGCCAGUGCCCAUCAGGACGCUCAUUCCUUCUGUGGCAGCGGCAUUCGGGGCUGGCCGGAAGGCUGGGGAGCUCCCGCUUCUCGCGGCGCUGGCUGGGCUGCUGUAAGGAGGAGGGCAGAGGAGCGGAGCGGGUACCGAGCGCCCGGGACUAGGUCCCCUCCCCGCAGCCCAAGUUUGCGUUCCUGCUGCUGCCACCGCCGCCGCUGUCGAAGCUCAGCUUCUCUUCCUCUGCCUAAAGGUUCCGACACUCUGAGAAGCUGGUCCCUACCUGGCAGGGUUUGGGGGAAAGGGCACUAGCUUCCCUCUCUAACAGCCGUCACAGUCCCCCAAGACCUGGGGUCGCAGAGAAAAUCUGAGCCUUGAAUGCCGAGACGGAUGAUCUGGGGUCCACAUAUUCACAACUGAAGGCGGUCGGCUGUGACCUAAGACAUUCUUCGGCUGUUGCCCCGGAGACAUCAGGGGAAGAUUAGUCACGAUUUCAGAGCCUGCUGGGGUCCCUGCUGGGUUGGGGCUCUGCACUCUCUGAGCCUGGCGCUGGCUAGCUAAGGUGGUCACCUGACCUUCCACCUCCGCUCGAGCCUGGAAGCUUUGUCCCUGGCACCCUCCACCAGCCCCGGCUAGGAUGGGAUCAAUAGCUCUUGUCUUUUCUUCUUUGAGCCCUGAACCUGUCUCCCCCUCUCUGACUUCUGAAUCUAUUCCUCAGUUUCCCCACCUGGGUCCAGGAGAGUGCUGAUGCCCCUCCCCCCCCCGCCAGAAACCCUGAGGGCAAGGGUAGAACCUGAGAACAUUGAGAAGUAAUCCAUCCUGGUCCCCUUUACCUGCCUGAUUCUCAAAGGCUAGGCUCCCUGCCAGGGAGUAAUUAGGGACAGGAUACAUGGCCAAGUGGCUGAGAGACUACCUGACCUUUGGUGGACGGAGGCCGCCCCCACAACCCCCCAAACCCGAUUAUACAGAGAGUGACAUCUUCCGGGCCUACCGGGUUCAGAAGAGUCUGGACUUCGAGGACCCUUAUGAGGAUGGAGAUGGGCAGGAGGAGCCAGAAUCGACGUGCUCUGGUUGCCCCAGCAAGCCUUCCUGUCCUGGGGACCACCAAUACGAUUCCCCCAAACACCGGCUCAUCAAAGUCGAGUCUGGCGACCUGAACCGCAGUAAGAUGUUGCUAGGGAGUCCUGGGGAGGACAAGACAGCAGAUGACGGUGAGUAUUCGGAUCCCUUCGAUGCCCAGGCUAAAGCCCAGUUGGGUGCCCCAGAGCAGCUGCCCCCUGAUAACGGCUACACGGAGCCCUGCGAUGCCCAGUGUGUGGUAACAGACCUGCAGCUCUAUGACACACCCUAUGAGGAGCAAGGGACAGGGGACAGCCCUGAGGCUGAGGCGAGACCCCGGCACAGCCGCCUGCCCCGAGAUGAUGAGCGCCCUGCAGAAGAGUAUGACCAGCCCUGGGAAUGGAAGAAGGACCACAUCUCCAGGGCUUUUGCAGUGCAGUUUGAGAAUCCUGAGUGGGAGCGAGCCCCGAGCCUGGCUAAGGAGCUCCGGAGGCCCCCAGCUAAGACCUCAGGCUGGGUGGGGAAGGGGCCCAACCCAGAGGAGCACAGCCCCCAGCCAGCUGAGCGUGUGGACCCAGCCCUGCCCCUGGAGAAGCAGCCGUGGUUCCACGGCUCCCUGAGCAGGGCUGAGGCUGAGAGCCUCCUGUCCCUCUGCAGGGAAGGUAGCUACCUUGUCAGGCAGAGUGAGACCAGCCAUCCAGACUUCUCUCUGUCCCUCAGGAGCAGCCAGGGCUACAUGCAUAUGAAAUUCACCCGGACAAAGGAGAACAAGUUUGUGCUGGGUCAGCACAGCGGGGUCUUCUCCAGUGUUCCUGAGGUGGUACACCAUUACAGCAUCCACACGCUGCCCGUGCAGGGCACUGAACACCUGGCCCUGCUCCACCCCAUCACCGUGCAGAUCCCCUGAUUGCCUUGGCAUGGUGCCUGGGGCAUGUGGGACCCAAGGGUCAUCCCUGCCCCAUUGCCCUUCCUGGGCUGCUGCUGGCUUCUGGAUGUGUCCAGGCUGAAUCUCAGAGCUGGAAGAGAUGUCAGACCACCUAAUCCGACUUCCCCUCAACAAUGCCUCUGAUUAGUGGCCAGCCAUUCCUUGAAAACCUCUAGUGAUGGGAAGCUGACAACCUCCUGAGGUGGCCCAUUUCACUUCCUGGUGGCUUUUGUUAUUAUCUAAUAGAAAUCUGCCUCUGGAUAGCUUCUCCCCAUCCUUCCUAGUUCUGGCCUUGGAGACCAAUAGAGAACUGGUCUCCCUGUCUCAUGUGUCAGCCCUUCAAAAUGCUUGGACACUGGCCCUUCAAGUUCUAGCAGGCUCAGCAUCUACAUGGACCUUCAACCAGUUGUCCAAUGUCUGAUCUCAAGGCCCAUCUCUGUCCUGGUCACCUUCCUCUGGACUAACUCCAUUUUGUUACUGUCUUCCCUAUAAUGGGGUCCCCAAGCCCCACUGAUGAGAUCUGACCAGGACUCACACCUCCCUGGCCCUGGACUUGGUGCUGCUCAAUAAAGGCCAAAGGUCAAGUUGGCUACAAGGUUACAUGCUCCUGUUGACUUAUAUUGAGCUCCCCCAAGAUUCAUUGAGUCCCCAUUUCAGUUCCUGAGCCAGCCCCCUGGGGAAAAAAAGGUGACCCUAGCUAAAGCAAAGACACAAGUCCCUAGCUUAGCCCUAGGGCUACCCCUAGAUGUGAUGUCUCUGUUCAAGACACAGACCCAGGUUCUGCCCCUGUACAUGGAAGAGUCUACCUGGAGAAAUUACAAAGGGUGAAUGGAAACUCAGGCUUGUGCCCCUUCCCCUGCCACUUCCCAUCCCAGGCUGGAAGAAGCAAAUGAUGCAGAUGGACAACCUUGGCUCCCCUGUGACCCAUGCCUGAGUUUUCAGGCUCCAAGAAUUUUUUCAACUCUUACCCCCAAUAAAUAAGUUAUAUGUGA